CUUUGUGUGCGGCCGGCGGGCGCGCGGCGGCGGUGCGGGAGCGGUGGCGCCGCGGUCGGCGGGCGCGCGGCAGCAUGGAGGAGCUGAGCAGCGUGGGCGAGCAGGUCUUCGCCGCGGAGUGCAUCCUGAGCAAGCGGCUCCGCAAGGGCAAGCUGGAGUACCUGGUCAAGUGGCGCGGCUGGUCCUCCAAACACAACAGCUGGGAGCCAGAAGAAAAUAUCCUGGACCCGAGGCUGCUCCUGGCCUUCCAGAAGAAGGAACACGAGAAGGAAAUGCAGAACCGGAAGAGAGGCAAGAGGCCCCGGGGCCGGCCAAGGAAGCACACGGUGAUGUCCUCCUGUAGCAGGCACUCCAAGCUCAAGGAGCCCGAUGCCCCCUCCAAAUCCAAAUCCAGCAGCUCCUCCUCCUCCUCCACAUCUUCCUCCUCCUCCUCAGAUGAAGAGGAUGACAGCGAUCUAGAUGCCAAGAGGGGCCCCCGGGGCCGUGAGACCCACCCAGUGCCUCAGAAGAAGGCCCAGAUCCUGGUGGCCAAGCCUGAGCUGAAGGAUCCCACCCGGAAAAAGCGGGGCCGCAAGCCCCUGUCGCCGGAGCAGAAGGCGGCCCGGAGACCCGUGAGCCUGGCCAAGGUGCUGAAGACCGCCCGCAAGGACCUGGGGUCGCCAGCCAGCAAGCUGCCCCCUCCACUCAGCGCCCCUGUGGCAGGCCUGGCCGCUCUGAAGGCCCAUGCCAAGGAGGCCUGUGGCGGCCCCAGCGCCAUGGCCACGCCAGAGAACCUGGCCAGCCUGAUGAGGGGCAUGGCCAGCAGCCCCGGCCGGGGCGGCAUCAGCUGGCAGAGCUCCAUCGUGCACUACAUGAGCCGGAUGGGCCAGGGCCAGGCGCAGGCCGCCGGCAGACCGGCGCUCAAGACCCAGAGCAGCGGCAAGUGCAGCCUCGGGCUGGACCUCAAGGUGAGGACGCAGAAGGGGGAGCUGGGGAUAAGCCCCCCAGGAAGUAGGGUCCCCAAGGCCCCUAGCAGUGGGGCUGGGGAGCAGAAAGCGGGGAGUGCAGGGGGGCCCCCACACGUCCACAUCCACGGCGGUGGCAAAGCCCCUGCUGGGUGCCUGGGUCCUCAGCCCACCCCGACGCAGGAGCUGAGCCUCCAGGUCUUGGACUUACAGAGCGUCAAGAAUGGCAUGCCGGGGGUGGGUGUGGUCGCCCGCCAUGUCACCAAGGGUGUCCCUGCCACCAACCCAGCCACUGGGAAGGGUUCUGGGGGUGGCCCUACGGUGGGGAGCGGGGCCAGCGUGCCCACUGACACCAGCAAGAGUGAGAAGCUGGCCUCUAGGGUGGCAGCUCUGCCCGCCCCUGCAGGCAAGAGGGACUGUGUCAAGGGCAGCGCGGCCCCCAGUGGGCAGGAGGGCCACUCGGCCCCUGGAGAGGUGCGCAAGAUGACCACACUGUCGGAGAUGAGCACCGGCGAGGAGAACAGCAGCUCCGACUCGGACCCCGACUCCGCCUCACCACCCGGCACCGAGCACAACUUGUCUGUGUCCGUCCAGACGAGCCAGGACUGGAAGCCCACCCGCAGCCUCAUCGAGCACGUCUUUGUCACCGAUGUCACUGCCAACCUCAUCACGGUGACAGUGAAGGAGUCCCCCACCAGCGUGGGCUUCUUCAACCUGAGACAUUACUGAUGUCCGCAGGCGCCUGGCUGCCCAGGUCUCGCCUGCCUCUCUCUGGUUUCUGGUUGGGUGGGCUGCACCUCAGUCCCUCUAGGGGGGCCAGGGGGCCUUGUUCAGGGGCAGGUCUGGAAGGGACUUCUCCCUGACCCUGGCCCUGCCUGUGACGUGAGGCAGGAGCAGUGCCUUGAUGCCUUGCUGGGCCUGGCCUCGCCCUUGUUUCUACCUCUGGGCCUUUGCUUCCCUUUCCAUUCACCUCAGGUCUGAGUGACCACCUGCGGCUCCACCUGAGCAUGUUUACGCCAAGCCCUGAUGGUGCUGUGUGAACUCUCCUCGCUGUCCUCUGGUGACAGGUGGUGGUCACCUCUCCUGCUUGGCCAGGGGCAGGGGGCUUGGAGGAGGAAUCUUCUGGUCCAGCUUGGCUGUUCCCUGCCCAGCAGUGGAGAGAGAAAGUAUAUUGGGGUGUUGGAGGCAAGGCCUCGGGACUGUUACAGGAGAGCUUGUUUUUAGAAGAUGGGGAGGGGGCCUGCCUGGUCAGAACCCCCGCCUCAGCGCAGUGCCUGAGCUGUGCAGGGGGAGGGCUGUCCCACCCCUGACUACCGAGCAGUGUGGCCUUAUUGUAAAAGGAUAGGUGCUGGCAGCUGCAGGAGGGUGGAGACCCCCAAAGAGGUUGGUUUCUGUGCCUGUAAACUGGUUCAGAUUCACAGCUGCAGCCCCAAAAGCUGACCCAGAAUUCGGCAUGGCCUGGGCGCACAGGCUGGUCCUGGGCUGUUUCACUCAGAGCCUCCAAGUUUGGGGGACAGGAGAAGGUUGUCUCUCCACUGCCAGCCUGUGCAAAGACUGCAUAGUCCCGACCCUGGCCCCGCAAACCGCCCCCCGGGACUCUCUGGAAGGCGUGGGUGCAAGACAGUGCUGCCUUCCGGCUGUUGUGCGGCUGCUUGCCGAACGAAGUUCCCACCCCCAGCCGCCUCUGCCCAGGUGGAUGGGCACCACGUUUCCCUGACAAUCCCCCCACCUCUGGGGGUUCUAUGUUCUCAGCAGAGAAGCUGUAUAUCCAAACUAUUGGGGAAGUAGGACAAAAUCUGAGCAGCCCACCUGGCAGGGCACCCCCAAAAGGCCAAAUCUGGUCACCCCCAGGUGGCUGGGGCUGGGAGCUGCCGUGUGUGGUUCCUGACCAUCGUCAGAAUUGUGUUACCAGCUUGUUGGGGAGGUAGGACAGUGAGUGGGUUCACUGGGUCUCUGUGAUGCCAAAAAGAAAUGUGGAAAUGUGGGGGCACUUUAUUACUUGAGUUACUGUUUAAAGUCAGCCGGCAGAUGUGGGGGAGGUUCAGCCUUUAUCGCCCUGAGCCCAGACUCAAUGCAGGUCCUGAGGGGCAGGCCUGCCAGAGCUCCAGGGCCCCCAGACCCUCACUCUCCACACCAAAUGGGAAGAGAUGGCCUUUGUGUAGCCAAAUCAACUUCAACAGUGUGCCUUUGGGGACAGACAGGUGUCAAGGGAGGGGCAUCCAAGAGCAGCUUUCAGGACUUGGAUGUGGCAGCCUCACUGGCUAGGGCAGGAAUGGUGCCACCCUGGCAUACCUGAGGGCCGAGUGUUGAGAACCAGGCAAAAACUGGCAAGUGGGCAGCGAAGGCGAGAGUCGCCUCACCAUUGCCCUAGGAGGGGAAGGAAAAGUUCCAGCUUACUGCACAGUGGGCCACUGACACAGCCUCCCACCGGUCCCCUAACACCCAGACGGCCCUGGGUGUGACUGGAGGGGCUCCUCUGGGCUGCCACCCCCUCAGAAGAGGCGACAACCUUCAAGUCUUGUAGCUGCUUUCCUGCCCAGCACCAUGCCGCCUUGAGGCUGCAGACCCACCCAGCAGCAGCCCCGCUCCCCACCCAAGUCUUUGAGGUGAUCCUGGCUUCCUCAGGCUGUUGGACGGAUGUGUGUGGGCUGACCUGACAUCUGCAGCAGCCAAGUCUCCAAAUCCCGAUCUGGUGCCUUUUGCUUCACCAGCUACUUAAACCCCAAAGUGUGUACCUGCAAACACCUUCCUCAGAGCCUCUUUGCUUUCUUGCUGUGUUAUUUCUUGGUGUUUAUGUCUCCAAGUAGUCCAUGUUCAGAAGGGCGUGUGUGUGUGCACAUACGCACUCGUGCAAGUGGACAGCUUCACUGAAGAGCUGGAUGGGCCGAUGCUCAGAGGUGGCCGUAGUAUUUCCCAGUAAAUGAAAGUGGUGCUUAUUUGCUGGGGUGUGGGUGUGGCCAGGCAUCAGACACACCUGACCUGAGACUCAGUUUCUUUAUGCCACAGGGUUUCUUACCUGAGCUGCAUCACAAUGGAUGUGAAAUGGGUGUUUUCAUCCUGUCACAUCUUUCUGUUUGUCUGUAAUGGAUAGAAGUGGCCAGUCUGUCCUCUUUAGAGAGUUUGGCAUAUUUUUAUAUAUAUUUUUGGUACCAAAAAGAGUGUUACGUGUUUUGGUUACACUCAAAAUUCUAGCCUAAAGGGCUUGGGGCCUGGAGGUCUCGAGGGGUCUGGGGGAGGACCAGAGCUUUGGACCAGCGCCAAUCACUAGCUUGAUUUGUUUUUCAGUAAAUCAUUCCUGUAUGCCACUUCUACUUGCUUUAAACUGUGGCUAUUUGCUUUCUUAAAAGAGAACAAAAAUGGAUAUGUUAAAGCCCUGGAAAACUUAAGGUCUCUGUUGAAACAGGACAGCAGCUUAGCCCCCAUAUUCCAUCAGGACCAACCAGCCAGCAGAAGGAGCUCCUUCCUGCAGGAAGCCCACAUGGUUUGGGGGAAAGGGGUGGGAGGAGGGGAGAGGUAGUGCCUAGAUGACCGAUUUCUGCUCAAGUGCAUCUAAAGGUUCUGUGGAUUUUUGUAGUAUUUUGGGGAAAACUAACACUAGCAAUAGGUUGCAGGAUUUGGGGGGUUUUUUAGACUGAUUAAUUUAUUUUGCAGGGGAAUCAUAUUAGCAAAUGGUGUCAGAAGGUUUUUGUCUUGUUAACUUUUAGUAGAUCAAUAAAUUUUUUUUUU